AUGACUCUCGUUGAUUCCUUGAAGACUGCUUUGGCCCGUCGAGAGGCCAAGGAAGCCCGCCGCAGCCUGACACUCGUGCCGCAGGGCGGGAGGGACUUCUCUUCCAAUGACUUCUUAUCCCUCUCAACGUCUCCAGCCUACCGAGAUCGCUAUCUGGGCCAUUUGAAUAAUGCUCCAGAGAAUGCUCAUUUUGCCAGCGGGGGAUCUCGACUAUUGGACGGCAAUUCUGCCUAUGCCGAGGAAUUGGAGCGUUUCGUUGCUGCUUUCCACGAGGCGCCAACGGCCCUUCUGUUCAAUUCCGGAUACGACGCCAACGUGGGCGUUCUUUCCAGUAUUCCUCAACCGGGCGAUCUCAUCCUGUACGAUGAGCUCAUUCAUGCCAGUAUUCACGAGGGUAUGAGGUUAUCCCGGGCUGGGAAGAGAAAGAUGUUUGCUCAUAGUUCUCCCAUGGCUUUGAGGGAGGUUCUCAAGGCCGAAAUUGAAGCCGACCGUGACGUGCAAAAUGGUACGCGGAAUGUUUUUAUCCUCGUCGAAUCCAUAUACAGCAUGGAUGGGGAUAUGGCGCCUAUCAAGGAGUUCAUCGAGGUUGUGGACGACCUUCUUCCCGGCGGAAACGGUUAUUUCAUCGUUGACGAGGCGCAUGCGACGGGUGUCUUUGGGCCUCGGGGAGCCGGUGUGGUGCAGCAACUCGGCGUUCAGAACCGAAUGUUCAUCCGAGUGCAUACUUUCGGGAAAGCGCUGGCGAGUCAUGGAGCCAUGGUUCUCUGCGGACCUGAAACAAGAGACUAUCUCAUCAACUACGCCAGGAGUCUCAUUUACACCACCGCUCUCGGGUUUCCAUUCUUAGCCUCCAUCCGCACCGCUUACGAGCUUCUGUCAUCAGGGGAGACCGAACAGUUACAAGAACGCCUGCAGCAGUUGAUCCGCCAUCUCCAUCGGCGCCUAGGCGGUCUAAAGGUAGACCCAUCGGUCACGCUAUUCGAGGUUGACCACUUCCCAACAUCUCCUAUCUUCUCAAUUAGAACAUCACAGCCACGUCUUCUAGCAAGUCACUGUCGGACGCAUGGAUAUAUCGCGCGUGCCAUCAUGUCUCCUACUGUCCCGGAAGGGAAGGAGCGCGUGCGCGUAUGUCUACAUGCGGGCAAUACCGAAGAGGAGAUUGAUGGGCUGGUAGAACUUAUUCGGGGGUGGCUUGAUUCUUGUUUCCGACUGGGUGCUAAACUAUGA